UUUAAUUUUAAUGAAUCCUCAUAAGACUUUAUUUAAAAACUCACCAAUACAUCAAACUGACAAUAUUAUUAAAUCAAAAUUUCUCAAUUCAUUAAAGCUAAUUAAUUUUCUUUAUUUAUUAUGUGGAUUUAGAAACCUGUCAUUCUGUGUUUGGCCAUCUAAAUUUUUAAUUUUGAAAGGUUCAAGAGUGAACAUUUUUGAUGAAUUUUUUCGAACAGGAAUCUUCAUUUUGCUAUCAUUUAUAUUUCUUCAAAGACCUCCAUUUUAUUAUUUUUACUAUGAUUUAUUUCGUUUUUGGGUUACAUUUUUGGUUGUUCGGUAUAGUGAAAAAAUAACAAUAAAGUUCAUCGAAAAUAUGCUCAAUUAUGAUUUUAAAUAUUCUGCUCUUCCAACGCUUAUUGGAACGCCUGCAAUUAAAAAUAUAUUUAUGAUUUCAAUUUUAAUAUUAUUCAUCAUUUUUAAAAUAACAAUACAAAUUAUAUUAACAUUUAUGAUCAUUAGAAGACGGUUCAACAUCAUGGAAUUCAUAACAAAUUUUGUCUUUCACAUACCGAGAUUAACUGACUUUGUUAUAGUUUUUAGUGCAUGUUUUUUUUUAAAACAAAUAGGUUAUAGAUUUUCCAUUUUAAACAAAUUUUGGAAACGAUUACCAGGGGAACUUAUUAGAGCACCAGGCCAUUGGUCUAAGGAUGAAAUUGCUAUGCUAAUAGAGAGUUGCAGACUACUUCAUGCUAAUCUCAGUGAUAUUCUCAAAACAUUUAGUUAUGCAUAUGGUCCUAUAUUAGUGUUCUUCUUGUUAUUCCUAUUUAUAGACAUGGCAUAUAGUAUGUUUAUUAUUUUAUAUUUGAAUAGAGCAAUGACUGCAGCAAUUUUAAUAUUCGCACAAGAUAGUCUAAUCAUCAUUGUACUUCUGAAACAAGCAACAUGGACUUUUAAUCGGAAAAGAAAGAUUAUUUCAUUUUUGCGAUUAUGUCAAAUUGCCGAUUUACCGGAAGAAAUAAGGAUACAGUUGCAGUUUUUUAUGAAACAAGUUUCUUGUUAUGAUAAUAAUGAGUUGGCAGCAAGUGGCACAUUUAAAUACAAUUUAAAACUAAUUUUAUCGAUAGCAGUUGCUCUUGUUAAAUGUUUUUCAAUUAUGAUACAAAUGAAGAGCCAGGAAAGAUUCUUAUCAUUCGUCAGCUUAACUUCAGAUUACAUUCAACAAAACAAAACAAUAAAUCCAUAACACUAUUUUGUAAAGAUCAAUUACUUAAGUUAUUGAGGUCACUUAUAUGUAUAUAAGCGGAUUCUAAUAUAAAAAAAAACAAUUUUUAAAUUUAAUAGUAUUAUUUAAAAAUUUUAUUAGUACAGCAUUAAUAAUACUCAAUUAUGUUAUCUUAAUAUCAAAUAUUUUGCGUAUUGAUCUUAUGCGACCUAAUAUCUUGUAAAAAAUAUUUUUAAAAAGGAAUUUUUCUCUUUUUCGUUCGUUUUCUGAAGUCAUGAAAAAAAGGGCUGGAGUCCCUUACUAAAAGAUAUCUAAUUUGAAACCAUUUUUGUGCAUUUUUUUUGCAAUUUAAUUUUUACACUAUUAUUAAUUACUAACUUACAAUGUCAUAAUUUACAUUUAAUAUUAUGAUAUUAUUCUUGCGGAAUUCUCAGAAUUUUUAUCUUAAAAUGAUUCUAAAUACUAGGUCAAAUCAUGGCCUAGUCGGCCCUGUCCUAAUUUCAUUUGUCAUUUCGUCC